AUGUUACGAACCUUCAAAUCCAAUCAAAUCGACCGCAAAGUGAUUGGAGAGAGAGAUAGAGUGGUAUUGCAUUCGAGGACUUCUUCCGAUGUCUCCCAACACCACAACACAGACACGUCUGAUUUCGAGCAAAACUGUUGCGAAACCCGAAUGUAUUCAAUGCCCACCUCUUCCAUGGCAUCCAUGGUCUCGAUGGCCACCACCUCCUCCUCUGCCUCUCAAUCGUUGAUGUCUUUGCCAUCGAGUAGUUCUCACUGCCAUUACGAUAGUCUGUGUUCGACCUCUACUUCCGGGUCUAACCGACUGUUCAAUGCGUUUGACAAUCGGUUGGACCACAACUUUGAGACAAAACCGGACACCGAUUUGAUUGGUGUACCAAAUGAUUACCACUACAAGAGUGAAGAACAGCACGAGUUUUGUCCCAAAAUGAGAUCAAUUCGACAAAAGACUCACGAAAUGAAAAGAAAACAUAUGUCUAAAGACAUGGCAGGGGAACGACUGUUGAGAAGAGCCGCCAAUUCUAAUGACUUGGAAUGCGUUGAAAGGCUUCUCAACGAAGGAAUAGAUCCGCAAUCGUGUGACGAGAGGAGCCGAACAGCACUUAACCUGUUGCACAGGUUGGCUACGGGAGAAGGGGGUCUAUUCCCGUGUGAAUACGUGGUGCCCCUCAACAGCCAGGAAGUGGUGAAGAUUUCGCAAAGAAUGGAUGAGGUGAGAGGCGUAAUGAAUGGUCACACGAAUGGUUUGAGUUCCCCUCAUAACGAUAUCAAUGAUAAACAGGACCUCAAGUCUAAUGACGAUAACUCCCUUCGCGAAGACACCUCUCUAUGGGUUGAGAGUAAAAAUGAACAGUUCGACGACUCGAAGAGCGAUAUAACACAAGUCUCGCAACUAAAUGACGGAAAGUUUUCAUUACUUCAGUUCGCAUAUGACUUGCGAUCAAAAGACGGCUCAAUUAGAGGAUCAAUAAAAUUGAUUGAAAGCAUUAAAUCAAAGAAGAAGAAUAAGAAGGGAAAGGGAAGCGAUCCGACAGAAUGGACGUGGAGUGAGAUUUCCACUCUCGUUAAGUACUCAAAAACCGCACUUCAGAAUUCACUGCUUCUGUUAUCACCGGAACUCAAUAAGAUAGCCAUCGAGUGUUUCGUCGCGAUUAUGCGAUAUAUGGGAGACUCAGCUAUGGUUAAGAACCAAACGGAAGUCAAUUGUGUUUAUAAUAUACUUUUGAAUUGUCACAAAUAUCCACAAAUUAGAGAUGAAGUCUAUUGUCAGCUAAUGAAACAAACGACAAGCAAUAAAAGUGCCAAAUUUUCUGUGUUCUUGUGGACCCAAUAUAGUGAUAGUUGUCAAAGAGGUUGGCGUCUCUUUUCAAUACUGGCCGCGUAUUUCGACUGUUCAGAACUGUUGAGACCCUAUUUAUUCAAAUACUUAGAAACGGCCGCUUUUGACAAGAGAAGGGCCUUUCACUUAACGGCAGACGUUUGCCUCAAGAAUCUGCGGAAGACAUUCAAAUACGGCGGCCGUAAGAAUGUGCCCUCCAUUGAAGAGAUCGCCGCCAUAUCUGCCGGAAGAAACUCUAAGCGCCAGAUGUAUCGUUUGCCGGGAGGAACCGAACGCAUCAUUAAUACCGCCUCUUCUACUGUUGUCAACGAUGUUAUCGAAGAGAUCUGUCAAAUGCUUAACAUUGAAAACCCUAUCGAAAUGGAAGAGUUCUCCCUCUACUGUAUCAUCGAAGGAGAUCCGUUUACAAUGCCAUUAAAUAAAGAUGAAUACAUUCUGGACGUGACCACAGAUCUGAUUAAAAACGGACAAUUAUUUUACCUCAUUUUCUGCCGAUCCGUUUGGUACUAUCCGUUACGGCUGGACAGUCACCUCUACAUCGAAGUGAUCUUCAAUCAGGUCGCGCCCGACUAUCUCGAAGGCCUACUUCUUGUGGUGCCCGAAGACAAACUGCCCGACGAUGUGGUGCCACAGAUCGCACGAAUCGCGUCACUACUGCACAGAGCGGCGGACAUGGAAGCGAUGCCCACCAAAGAUGAAGUCAAGUAUUUGUUGCCAAAGCCGGUGUUAGCCAUGAAAGUGAUUCGACCGCCGCAAUGGGUCGAAAUGGUUCAGAACAACUGGAACGACAUGUCGGCCCUCAACACCACUGAAGCAAAAGCUCAAUGUUUAGAUAUACUGCAAAAGUGGCCACUAUUUGGUUCGUGCUUUUUCGCCGUUAAAAGGAUUCAAAAUGAUGUGUCCACUCAACCGCCCGACCAUAUACUCGCCCUCAAUAGAGAAGGCGUCUACUUCUUAGAUAUCGCCACACAUGAAACUCUUUGGAAGUAUCCGUUCUCUGAAGUUAUAUCCACGCGAAAGGUUAGGGCAGAAGACGGCACACUAUUCCUGGACAUGAAGUGCGGAAACCUUAUGGUUCAGAAGAUUUCACGAAUACAAACGGAUCAGGCCCACGAAAUCUCACGACUCAUUCGGCAAUACAUUGAAAUCGAGCAGCACUUCAAGAGUAACAAAGAGAAUGGCAAUCAUUUGCAAUAAUUGAUAUCAUCUUUCAAUCAUUUUAGCAAUUAUUAGCAAUACUUACAAAUAUUUUUUAUAUUUUAAUAUACAUU